AUGACACCAAAUGGUCAGACCUCUCAGAACUGCCCUUCAAAUCUCAGCUUCUUUUUCUCUCCAGAGAAAACAGUUGAUCAGUGUGUCUGUGCGGACUGUCUGGCCAUGUGCCUGUCUGGUGUCAUGGUCAAUGUCCAGGUCACUGUGUUAAUGUGUAGCCCAGUCACCAGACCACAAUACAGGCUCUUUGAGUUCACCUCUUCAAGAUUACAACGAAAAGCAGAGUACACUCUGGUGCCUGGGACAGGAAUCAUGUAUUUGAACAGCAGAAAUAACGGCAUCAACACAGAAAGGAGUAAGAGGAACACAAAAGGCAAAACAUUUGAGGUGCAUACGAACAAAACAAAAAAACACGGCACCCUGAAAAAAGCGCUACCUUUCCUCGAUCAGAAGAAACGAUUCAGUCUGGCGCUGAGAAAGCAUAACCUAUCGCUAUCGGACACUACGUUUAGACCGCUGUCAAGGGCCCAUUUGAAGACAACUCCACAUCAGGAGGAGAUCAUCACCCUGCUGUCCCCAAAUGUGGGGAAAAAGCUCCACAUAAAGGAGAACACGACAGAGGAGCAGGAGUCAGGACAGCGCACGGCAUUUGGGAAGGCCGUCUAUGAUCUGACCCAUUCAGAGAGAGUGAUGAAUGAGCUGACAUUUGGACGACGGGUGGGGCUUUACAAGCUGAGAGGGGAGAUUGGCUCUGGCAACUUCUCCCAGGUUAGAUUGGGAAUACAUGACCUGACCGGAGAGAGAGUGGCAAUAAAGAUCCUGGACAAGGUGCGUCUGGACAAGGGUUCGCAGAACCUUUUUGCCUCUGAAAUCUCUUGUAUGGAGAAGCUGGCCCACCCCAACAUAGUGCGCCUGUAUGAGGUGGUGGAGACGUUCAAGAGGCUCUACCUGGUGAUGGAGUAUGCCAGCGGAGGAGAGCUGUUCUCCCGUAUCAGCACCAGGGGGCGACUGUCAGACUUGGAGAGCAAGCUUGUGUUUUCACAGGUCCUGUCUGCAGUCAAACAUAUGCAUGAUAAUAAUAUUGUCCACAGGGACCUAAAGGCAGAGAAUGUUUUCUACACCAGCACUUACUGCAUUAAAGUGGGUGACUUUGGUUUUAGCACAAUUUGCUACCCCAGCAAUGUCCUCCAAACAUUCUGUGGAUCUCCACCCUAUGCAGCCCCUGAGCUGUUUAAAGAGAAAGGUUACAUUGGUCAAUAUGCAGAUAUUUGGGCCCUGGGUAUCUUACUUUACUUCAUGAUGACUGCCACCAUGCCAUUCAAAGCCACUAACACAGGCAGGCUUAGGUGUUGUAUCCUGCAGGGUUCUUAUGUCAUCCCCUCCUAUGUAUCUGAAUCAUGCCAGGAGAUCAUUAAGGGCCUCUUGAGGCCGGUGCCUGUAGAUCGCCUCACUGUAGCACAGAUCAUGUCCAGCGACUGGAUGAGAGGCAUUGAUUACCCUCAGGCCUACCCCUCUUUUAGCCCUACACCCUCCCAUCUGGUUGAGCCCACCUACAUCCUCAGCUCAGAUGAGCUAAAUGUGAAGGCAGCGCUGGAGAAUCUUGGCAUUACUGAGGUCCAUCUCCUCAACAACAACAACCUAGACUUGAGAAGCCCCGUUACUGGGACUUACCGGAUUUUGCUACAUCGCAUCCAAAAGAGGAGGUCUGUGGAAGCUGUGGGCUACAGCCAGUCAUGCACCAAAGAGUCUCAGAACAGACUCAGAUGGAGAGCGGGCUCAGACGGCUUGCUAUACAAACGUCACUCUGUUGUCUGUAUUAUCAUGUAGUUUGUAGUUAGUUUCUUUAGAAUUCUUUAGAAUAGCUCUACAUUUUGAACCUAUACCUAUUUGCCUUCCUCCCAAGAGUUUGAUGAGAAGAUUGAUACCACUCCCAUAUCUGUGCGUUACGUGUGGAGCUGAAGCAAGGAGGCUCAGCUUAUCAUAAAGAUGGGAAAUGGCAAAAAAAAACAUACAUCUACCAGCACAUCUAAAGCUCAAAAAUUAA